AUGGAUCCAUCCGAAGUCAAAGUCCCUCCACUCAAAGACCUCACAAUCGACAACAUAACCGACAACGUCAAGCUCAUCAAUUCUCAAUGUCCCAAUCCUCGCUUGAAAUACGUCCUUGAACGAAUCGUUCAGCAUCUCCAUGAUUUCGCCAGGGAAACAAGACUUUCCCAUGAGGAAUGGAUGACAGGUCUCCUCUUCCUCACCAGCGUGGGUCAGAUCUGUACGGAUGUUCGACAGGUAUGUUUCUCCACCAAUCUUUCCUUUCUGCAGACGCAUUGCUCAUAACGUACCGCUAGGAGUUCAUCCUGCUCUCCGACGUCCUCGGCCUCUCCCUCCUCGUCGAUUCCAUCUCCCACCCCAAACCUCCCUCUUCAACAGAAGGCACAGUCCUCGGCCCUUUCCAUUCCCACGAAGCCCAACAAUCCCCCAACGGCUCCCUCAUCUCCCACGACCCCGAAGGACAACCCUGCCUCGUGACAUGUACCAUCCGCUCGUCCACCUCCCACAAACCCAUCCCGGGCGUAAAAAUCGACAUCUGGGAAACGGACAGCAAAGGCUUCUACGAUGUCCAAUACGCCGGACGAGAAGGCCCCGAUCAGCGAGCCGUCAUGUACUCCGACGACGAGGGCAACUUCUGGUUCAAGGCCAUCGUCCCCGUGCCAUACCCCAUCCCCUCCGACGGUCCCGUGGGCAAGUUGUUGACGCAACUCAAACGCCAUUGUUAUAGACCAAGCCACAUGCAUUUCAUGUUUGAGAAACCGGGCUAUGAUCAUCUCAUCACGUAAAUCUCGCCCCCCCUCUUCCACUCCCUCACCCGAAUUCUUGCCCUUUCCCUCCCAAAAGCUGACACACAAAUCUUUGCUGCUCAGGGCAUUGUAUUUGCGAGGCGACCCGUACGAAACCUCCGACGCGGUCUUCGGCGUCAAAGAAUCCCUCCUCGUCGACCUGGGAACCGUCUCCCCCGAACAAGCAACCCAAUACGGCGUCGCAGAAGGGACAAAACUCUUGAGCUACGAUUUCGUAUUGGUCACGGAAGAAGAAUCGCGACAACUUCGUGAGAAAAAUGCCAUGGACGCCAUGAAGAAAUUGGGAAGGAAUAUGAAAUUGUGGAAUGGAUUGCCAGUACCAGAUGUGGAUUGA